CCUCCUCGUAAAAGGAGCAUUCAGCCUGGGCAGAUUGGGUCAGAGAAGACCUCGAAACGCUCGGAAUGGAUAUGGUUCAUCCAUCCCCGCAUUCCUUUUGGAGUGCUAGAAUCGGCGUCUUGAGCCCUUCAACCCCCGGCCGGUAUCCUUACAGUACUCCCUUGGCGAGCGAAAGCCCCCAACUGCAGCACAAGAAGCCGGGCUAUCAUGCCGUUGGACGUAAUCGUCACUCUUAUCAAUAUUACGUGUCUACUCUCAGCUCGCCAUCACCGCUAUCACAGGCUUUAGUGCCCUCUGGAAGGCUCGGUAAACCUAUCGCCAAGUCACGAGGCGCGGCCAACAAGCAGUCAGGCGAUUGAUCAAGGGCCAGGCAUGCAGGCAGCCUUGCUCGUUGAGGCUAAACUCUGCAGGAAACAACGAAUCGGGCAUCCUGAUCCGAUAGAAGGCGUCGUCGAUCUGAAAGGCAGCAGAGAAAAUGUCCAGCUUUCUCCCGCGUAUGCCCCUCAGCCAGUAGAAACCCCGCUGCUGUGCAGAUACGAUAGCCUUUUCCAAGAAUCUAGGACUUUCUAAACACCG